AUGCGUAAAUAUCAACUCCGUGACAUUGUGACAUGCCUUUCGAAUCGACGCGUCCUGUUUGUUGGUGAUUCCGUGGUCAGAACACUCUUCUACACCUUGGUAAAAAAAGUGAACCCCGAUGUAAAUACAACCAACAAUGCUCACUCAAAUCUGCAUAUUUCUGCGAGUGACAUAAAUUUCGAAUUCAUAUGGGACCCUUAUCUAAAUUCAUCGAGGGUUGACCUGAUGUUCUCCCGAAGACCAGUUGGAAAGAGACCGAGCAUUUUAUUACUAGGAUCAGGAUUAUGGUAUCUGAGAUAUCGGGAUUCGGGCGGAGUUGAGGUGUGGAAAAAGAAUAUGAACAAAAUACUGGAUUCUAUUACGACAUCAAUACGGUCAGAAAACAUUACCGAUACAAUACUUGUAGCGCCGUUGGAACAUUUGUUCUACCGAAGGCUAAGCCAAGCUCGUGAGAACACGAUGCACAAGCAUGACAUUGAUAAUAUGAAUGAAUAUCUUUAUAUCAAGAGACGACAGCAAACUGAUACUAUCGGGGGGAGAGGAGGGAAAUUUUAUGUGCCUUUUGUUUUUAACAAGAUCCUCGAUGGAGUUCCGAAUGCUACACAAGAUGGAUUGCAUUUCACCGAAGAUUUAACGAACGUGCAUGCGGAAGUUUUGUUAAAUCUCAGAUGUAACAACAUUUUACCAAAGAAGGCACCCAUGGAAAAUACUUGUUGCUAUAGGUAUCCCAGAAGUAAUUGGGUACAAUCUCUAAUAAUAAUGUUCUUCUUGGUGGUCGUCCCCAUAGGCAUUUAUUAUAGAACGUAUGAAACUAGAAUGGUGAAGCUUCUGGAAAAAAUUGUUCCAUCCAGAUCAAUAUUAUUUUCACUCAUGACUUUCGGCCUCUCCGUAACAUACAUGUUCUUGUCAGAUCGGACCAUCUUAUUCUCGAAAUCCCAAAAACAAUUCGAUUCACGAAAAUUCACUUUUCUCACAUUAUUCUACGUCCUCAUAGGUUUUUUCACCACGAGGACCAAGGAAAAAGAACAACCCUUCCUUAACCGAGAUCAAACCGACGAAUGGAAAGGUUGGAUGCAGCUCGCAAUAUUGGUGUAUCAUUACUUUGGUGCAUCGAGCGUCCACGGUAUUUAUAAUUCGAUCCGUGUGCUCGUGGCCGCAUACCUUUUCAUGACGGGCUAUGGACACUUCAACUUCUUCUACAAGAAAGCAGACUUCAGUCUUCAACGAGUGGCAACGGUGGUAAUUCGACUAAACUUGCAAACCAUCAUCUUGACAUAUCUCAUGGACACAAAUUACCUUUUAUAUUACUUUUCACCAUUAACCACCUUCUGGUUCUUCGUAAUAUACGCAACCAUGCGCCUGAGAUCCAAUAAAAAUAGAUCAACGCGCUUCCUCUUCAUGAAAAUAAUUCUUUCGAUUAUAGUCUGCAGUUUGUUCGUAUUAACUCCCGGAGUAUUGGAAAAAACAUUUGACCUCUUUAAUUAUCUCUUUAAUAUCACGUGGUCAGCGCACGAAUGGAGAUUCCGACUACGGCUCGAUUUGUUGAUAGUAUUUGUCGGCAUGUUAGUAGGGCUCAUCAACAUUAAAUUUCAAGAAUCUCGAAUUUCCGAAAAGUCAUAUUUUCCCAUUUUACGACACAAUAUCAUUCUCUUAUCCCUCGUAAUAUUGAUCGGCUACAUCUUUGGAAUUUCGAGACUUGGCAAACUCGAAUAUAAUAUUUAUCACCCUUACAUCUCUUUCCUGGCCAUACUAAGUUUCAUAAUCCUUCGUAAUGCCACAAAAUAUUUAAGAAACACUACAAGCGGACUGUUUGUAUUUUUCGGACAUUUCUCGUUAGAGACUUUCAUCACUCAAUUUCACGUGUGGAUGGCGGCCGAUACUAAAGGAUUAUUGGUGGUCACACCUCCAGAAAUGUUCUGGACAAACUUCGCGAUCACAAGUUUUAUUUUUAUUUAUGUUAGUUACUGGUUGUCGAGGUCCGCUGGAGAGUUGACAAGUUGGAUAAUUGGCGAAAAAAGUAAUGCUCACAGAGUGAUAAAUGAUGUGCCAAUAGGUACUUCAGGGACGAUUACGUCGCUGAUGCAGCCGAAAAUCGGUAAUUGCAAGAACGAUGAAGCAAACGAUUCCGUGGUUGUGAUAUGUAAUAAUGGAGAGUCGAACGAACUGAGUAAUAAAACGACGAACCUUAAUGGAUAUAUGAUUAGAUGUAUGAAGAGCAG